AGUGACAACACAGCUUCUUGAGUCGCUGGGUAGCGCUACCCCACCACGACCCCACAUGCAAACCAACCAAUCGCGAAGCACUACACACCGAAAAAGGAUCAGACAAAAAACGUUCUGCCCUCGGAAGGAAUCAUUCGCAUCAGCAGUAUAAGCAAAUGUCAAAACAAAAAUAAAUACAAACUUCCGAUAAAAAUGUCGUCCUCGGACACGGAAUCGACUCUGCACGCUGCGGCAUAUAAUAUUUCUAAUUGGCAGCCAAUAACUCUUACGCUUGUGGAAUAUCCUAGAGAUGAUCUCCUGGGCAAGCUACUUGCAUGGAUCAGCUUAGCACCGUUAGGUAUCGGUGCCGGCUUCGUGGCACUAAUAUUGUUUAGACGAGAUUUACAUACCAUUGUGUUUUUCGUGGGCACUCUAUUUAAUGAAGGAAUCAACAUAUUGCUAAAACAUUGGAUUCAAGAACCUAGGCCAGUGAAUCGAUCACAGAUCUGGACUGAAUACGGAAUGCCAUCUAGUCAUUCACAGUGCAUGUGUUUUUUUGCACAGUACGUACUGCUCUUCAUUUUUAUAAGACUGCAUCAUAUGAACAACAACAACGCCCGGAUAGAACGAUUAGUACGGUUGCUUGUCUUGCUCGUGUGCUGGGCGAUCACUUUGCUUGUUUGUGUUGGCAGAAUAUAUCUCCAGUAUCACAGUCUGCGGCAAGUGCUGGUUGGUGCUUUUGUUGGUAUGGUUGUCGGUACGCUUUGGUUCAUGCUCACACACUGUGUCCUGACGCCUUACUUCCCGAUGGUGGUUUCGUGGCGAGUAUCGGAACUGCUUCUUCUGCGGGACACAACACUGAUUCCAAACAUUCUUUGGUUCGAGUACACCGUCACACGACAAGAGGCAAGAGCACGUGCCCGUAAGUUGGUCAGUAUGAAAUCCCAGUGACGUUUUUGGUCACCCUUAUCGGACUGCUUCUACGCUCGGCGAUAUGUUAAAUAGUAGCUAUAGUGGUACGACGCAGUCAGACUCAACAGCAACUGCAACAUUCUUACGAAGUACUUCCGAGUGCAAGCCGUAAGUUUAUCAUUACCACAAUCUCACAUGCAUCGUGUAGUUGGAACAAGAAACAUACGCACAGAAAUUAUACCUUAGGAAAAUAAAAUGUUGGAAAGGAAAAAAACAAUAGCAGACACAAACACUUAAAUGUGUCCCUUGACCGAAGAUAGUAAAUUUUUCUUGGUUUGUUUGUUUCUUUGGUCACUAUUAGUAUCAGUCGUUUUGGUGUUUUCAUGACUGUUCUCGUAAUAGAGUUUAAACUGUAACACUUAAAAGAAUGCUAAUUCUAAAACGUUUAACUCUUAAUUUACCCAUGUUUAUCAUAUAUUAUUCAAUUUUGUUGAACUAUUGUUUUGAACUCCUUAAUGAGCCAUUUUUAGUUGAUUUGUUCUGAAAGCAUGCCUCGAACUAGGCAUAUUUUUGCACUGAUGUUUGGAAACAACAAAGAAAAUAGCUGAUAAAUGUGCAGUCAAAGUUUUAGUUUUUGAAAGUGCUUUAUGUUGUGCUCAUAAAAUACUCGUAGUUUUGUUUUGCUUCUUAAGAACUGUAGUACUGAUUUCAUUAGGUGUUUGAUUUGCAUAAACUGAACACAUUCCUUAAGGUAAUUUUUGGCAAAUCAAACCUUAGUCUGAUCCAUCGUUAAUUAGGCAAAUGAUACAAUAGAAAUUGUGCGGAUAACUUUCGUGAUAGACAACAGUAGUUGAACGGUACAAUCACGCUUUUUUGAUUGGUAUAAAUUGUGCAACGGAGUGUUAAAUGGCUGCGAUUCUUAGGCAAACGAAGAAAAACAUUUAUUACUGUAGCCAAAAUGACACGAUGCAGGACAACAUACGUUUUUUCUCAAUUCGGUCAAAAUCCGUAAACGGACGAUAGGAACUGUUAUCAUCAACGGAGAAGAAGCAUUACAUUUCCGCGAAUAGGAUUUUUGCUCUCACCAGUCGGAGUAUAAUGCGUAAUAAUUGUAACAGUUAUUGACUGUAGGUGUAAUCCUCAAGAGGCAUUCAAUAAACGUAAGACAAGACUUCAGAACAA